UUACAGUGACUGGAGGACAUCGGAUCAACAUGUCGUUGAGCUCGCUCACUAUGGCCAGCGGCAGAUGAUGCGGAGUUCCCUACACCUCGAGGUUUUUCGAUUCAGCUGUUUUUUUUAAAAAAAAUCACCCUCAAACACGCAAGCCUGGCAUGAUUAUGUUACUUUUGAGCUCAGGCAAAGAGUCGGCACUGGAUGGACAGCGGUGUGUUUGAGGAACUGAGCUAACGAGAGUGGAUCAGAGGCGGCUCCCAUACACUAUAUAUAUACCUACCUAAACCUACUCCCCUAGGGCCGGCCUUCGCUCAACACAAUGUCUCUCCUUGCCAACGUCAAGUCGGUUCUGAGCGGAGACACGCUCGUGCUCACCAGUCCUAACAAUCCUGCGGCGGAGCGGACGCUCUCGCUGGCUUACGUCUCCGCCCCUCGUCUGAGCAAGGACGGCGAUGAACCGUAUGCUUUUCAAUCGCGCGAGUUUCUCAGGGCCUUGACGGUCGGGAAGCAGAUCAAAUUCAGCGUCUCGUACACAAUUCCCAACUCUGGCCGGGAAUAUGGGACGGCUCUCCUCCAGGACGGGACGCAACUUCCGGACGCGGCGGUCCAGGCGGGCUGGGUCAAGGUCAGGGACGAUGCUGGUCGAAAGGAGGAGUCCGAGGACAUCCUCGCCAAGAUCGACACGUUGCGCAGCUUGGAGGCACAAGCAAAGGAGCAAGGCAAGGGAUUGCACGCCGGACCCGGCGGCGUUAUCGAAGUCCAGAAUGAUCUCGGCGGGCCGGAGUUCAUGAACCAGUGGAAGGGCAAGACGGUAGAUGGCAUCAUCGAGCGCGUGAUCAGCGGUGACCGACUGCUGGUCCGCCUGCUCCUUACGGAGAAGAAGCAUUGGCAGGUCAUGACGCUCAUCGCUGGCAUCAGGGCGCCUUCAACCGAGCGUGUGAACCAGUCGAACGGGCAAACGCAGCCCGCAGAGGAGUUUGGCAACGAAGCCCGCGCGUUCGUGGAGCAGCGCCUGCUCCAGCGGCCGGUCAAGGUCAAGAUCGUCGGUGCGAGCCCCCAGGGACAGCUCGUCGGCGCCAUUCUUCACCCUCGGGGAAACAUUGCCGAGUUCCUCUUGAAGGAAGGCCUGGCUCGCUGCAACGACUUCCACUCUACCAUGCUCGGAGCCGACAUGGCUCCCCUUCGCGCCGCCGAGAAGGAGGCCCAGGCCGCCCGCCGUCGCCUGCACAAGGCAUUCGUGGCCAAGUCUACGGAGAGCAAGGACCACGAUGCGACCGUCACCAAGAUUAUUGGAGCCGAUACAAUCAUUGUGCGGAACAAGGCCGGCGUCGAGAAGCGCAUCAGCUUGAGCAGUGUCCGGGGACCUCGUGCUGGAGAGCCCUCUGAGGCUCCUUUUAGAGACGACGCGAAGGAGUUCUUGCGCAAGAGGCUGAUCGGCAAGCAUGUCCGCAUCUCGGUCGAUGGGAGCAAGCCUGCGAGCGAUGAGUUCGAAGCCCGCGAGGUCGCCACCGUCACUCAUAACGGCAAGAACAUUGGUCUUCAGCUCGUCCAGGAGGGCUACUGCUCCGUCAUCAGGCACCGCAAGGACGACACCGACAGGGCUCCCAACUACGAUGAGCUGCUGGCAGCUCAGGAAGCCGCAAAGGAACAGAAGAAGGGGAUGUGGUCCGGCAAGCCGCCCAAGGUCAAGCAGUACAUCGACGUGUCGGAGAGCCUGCAAAAGGCCAAGCUGCAACUGUCGACACUGUCGCGGCAGCGCAAGGUUCCGGGCAUUGUCGACUUCUGCAAGUCCGGGUCUCGCUUUACCAUCCUGGUGCCUCGCGAGAGUGCCAAGCUGACGCUGGUCCUCGCCGGUAUCCGCGCGCCCCGGGCUGGUCGGACCCCUCAGGAGAAGGGAGAGCCAUUCGGACAGGAGGCCUUGGAUCUGGCUAACAGGCGCUGCAAUCAGAGAGAUUGCGAGAUUGACGUCCACGACAUUGACAAGGUGGGCGGCUUCAUCGGCGACCUGUAUGUGAACCGGGAGAGCUUCGCCAAGGUCCUCGUCGAGGAAGGGCUGGCCACCGUUCACAAGUACUCGGCCGAGAAGUCGGGCAACGCUGCCGAGCUGCUGGCAGCGCAGGACCGCGCAAAGCAGGCCAGGAAGGGCCUGUGGCACGAUUGGGACCCAUCCCAGGAUGUCGAGGAGGAAGGCGAGACCACCACCGCCGGCGAGGCCGCCGCGGACGCUUCGGUGACCAUCGACAAGAAACCAGAGGACUACCGCGACGUCAUCGUCACCAACAUCGACUCCAACGGCAGGAUCAAGGUCCAGGAGAUCGGCAAGGGCACGGACGCACUCGAGACCCUAAUGGAGGAGUUCAGGCAGUUCCAUCUGAACCCGACCAACAGCGCCACCAUCAAGGACGUGCCCAAGGCCGGCGACUACGUGGCCGCCCAGUUCACCGAGGACGGGGAGUGGUACAGAGCCCGCAUCCGGUCCAACGACCGCGCGGCCAAGGUGGCCGAGGUCGUGUAUAUCGACUACGGCAACUCGGAGAAGCAGCCGUGGUCCAAGCUCCGGCCGCUCAACCAGCCCCAGUUCACGGUCCAGAGGCUGAAGCCGCAGGCCGUCGACACGCAGCUGUCAUUCGUGCAGCUCCCGGCGUCGCCCGACUACCUCGGCGACGCCAUCAACUACCUGUACGAGCUCACCGAGGGCAAGCGGCUGGUGGCCAGCUUCGACUACGUCGACAGCAAGGAGGGCGUCAGCUACGUGACCCUGUAUGACGGCAAGCCGGAGGGCAACAACUCCAGCGAGUCGAUUAACCGCAGCGUGGUGCUGGAAGGCCAUGCCCUGGUAGCGCGCAAGCUGAAGGCGUGGGAGCGUAGCAAGGUCUUUGAGCCGGUCCUCAAGAGCCUCCGGGAGGCUGAGGCCGAGGCCAAGGAGGGGCGCCGCGGCAUCUGGGAGUAUGGCGAUAUCACGGAGGACUGAAGCAGUGCAGGUGGUGAUUCGUGUGACUGCGGAUAUGACGAGCAUGAUAUCCCGCAUCAUCAGGAGAGCGAGUAUCUCCGGGAGGAGCGGAACCGGUGGAUAGGAAAGGGACAGGAACUUGAGUAAAACCGCGCCGCGUGUUCUAAGUUUGCGCGCUUACAAAACCUUGUGUAAUCGCAUGACCUUGCAACCGUUGUCCAUAGCAUUGGGGCAAGAUGAUGAGGAAGAAGAAGAAGAAGAAAAAAAAGCAAUAUUGCAGUCCGCGUAUCAUGGACAAACUCGUGAUCAGUUGUGUUGGGGGCAUCGGAUACGUAAUGCGAAGCAAGGGAG